GCCACUCACUGGUGAAAAACCGCGCUGAGUGCCAGCGGCGUCCCGGUGAUUUCUAGGGCCGGUUCUGCUCUAAAGCAGCCAGGACCCCUGUAAAUAACGCGAAUACGUGGUGAUGAGUGCCUGCCGCGGUAGCGGCGGCCCCGGGCAUUUUGCGAAUGCAAAGAGAAGAUUGACCCUGCUGGGAGGUUGUAGGACAGAACCCAACUCGUACCUUGCCUGAAGGAAGACCGCUAAGAAUUGGCCUUGCUUUGUUUUGGGUUUUGUACCCUUUGGAACAGAUGACCACCAUGUUUAGGUAUUAGCAAGCACAUGUGUGUAUGUCUGCGUGUGAAAAUGGCAGAGGGCAAUAACAACGAGGAGGUAAUUCACUUCAACUUUCACUGCCACCAGAGACAAGACUGGAUCAAUCUCAGAGAGGGACCCAUCACCAUAUCUGAUGACUCAGAUGAGGAAGGGGUUCCAAUGCUGGUCACCCCAGCUCCUCACCCACAUGAUGAAGACCUGGAUGAUGAUGUCAUCCUGACGGAAACAAGUAAACCUCAGACCUCACGACCCAAUCUCAUCAAACCAGCUGCUCAGUGGCAAGAUCUCAAAAGUUUGGGAGAAGAAAGGCCUAAAAAGUCUAGCGCAGCCUUUGACUCAAAUAAAAGCAGCUAUUUUUCAGUGUAUAACAGUUCAUUGUUUGAUUCUGGGGCACAGGAUGAUUCUGAGGAUGACUACGGUGAAUUUCUGCAUCUUGGGCCUCCUGGAGUCUCUGAAUUCAUUAAGUCAAAUGGCCAAACAGAAAGAGAACCCAAGCCUGGCCCAAGUCAUAAUGCAGCAGCACAUGAUAUUGUCAACCCCAGAUCAGGGCCAAAAAUCUUUAUCUGGGAAGAAAAUGGCCUGCUUUAUCCAGAAAGCGAUCCUUUGGACACUCAGAACCAGUCAUCUGAAGACUCAGAGACAGAGCUGUUAUCAAACCUUGGAGAUCCGACUGCUGUCCUAGAUGACCAGACCAUCGAAGACGACUACUGGUUAGACCAUCCUUACUUCCAGUCUCUAAACCAGCAGCCCCGUGAAAUAACAAACCAGGUUGUUCCUCAGGAGCGGCAGCCUGAAGGAGAACUGGGCCCCUUGUUGUAUCAGCAUGAACCCCCAGGGCUGGCUUUCCCAAGGCCGGCUUUUCCAAGACCAGAAGCCCAGCAGGAUGGGAUUCCAGGCCCCUCUUCUCCUCAGCCUGCCCAUCCUCUAGGAGAGCUUGAAGACCAACAAUUAGCAAUAGAUGAGGACGAGCCAGGUCCAGCCUUUCCACUGCAAGGAUCUCAGGAGCCCAACUUGGAAAACCUUUGGGGCCAAGAAGCUCCUGAGGUAGAUCAAGAAGUCGUUGCACUAUUAGUGAAAGAAACAGAAGCAAGAUUUCCAGAUGUAGCACAUGGAUAUAUUGAGGAAAUAAUUCAUUUGAAGAAUUAUUAUGAUUUGAAUGUACUUUGUAAUUUUCUUCUGGAAAAUCCAGAUUAUCCAAAGAGAGAAGACCGAGUGGUUAUCAACCCCAGUAGCAGCCUGCUUGCCAGCCAAGAUGAGACAAAGUUGCCUAAGGUAGACUUCUUUGACUAUUCUAAGUUGGCUCCUCUUGACCAGCGCUGCUUCAUCCAAGCUGCGGACCUCCUGAUGGCCGACUUCAAAAUGCUCAGCAGUCAGGACAUCAAAUGGGCCCUGCAUGAGCUCAAAGGACACUAUGCAAUCACCCGAAAGGCCUUUUCUGAUGCCAUUAAAAAAUGGCAGGAACUAUCGCCAGAAGCCAGUGGAAAAAGAAAAAAGAGAAAAGAAAUGAAUCAGUAUUCUUACAUAGAUUUCAAAUUCGAACAAGGUGACAUAAAGAUAGAAAAGAGGAUGUUCUUUCUGGAAAAUAAGCGGCGACACUGUAGAUCCUAUGACCGACGCACCCUCCUUCCAGCUGUGCAGCAAGAGCAGGAGUUCUAUGAACAGAAAAUCAAGGAGAUGGCAGAGCAUGAAGACUUUUUGCUUGCUCUGCAGAUGAAUGAAGAACAAUACCAAAAGGACGGCCAGCUGAUCGAGUGCCGCUGCUGCUACGGGGAGUUUCCAUUUGAGGAACUGACACAGUGUGCAGAUGCCCACUUGUUCUGCAAAGAGUGUCUCAUCAGAUACGCCCAGGAGGCUGUCUUUGGAUCUGGAAAGUCAGAGCUUAGCUGCAUGGAAGGCAGCUGCACCUGUUCAUUCCCAACCAGCGAACUGGAGAAGGUGCUUCCCCAGACCAUCCUGUAUAAAUACUAUGAGCGCAAAGCCGAAGAAGAAGUUGCUGCCGCCUAUGCUGAUGAGCUUGUCAGGUGCCCCUCCUGUAGCUUUCCUGCUCUGUUAGACAGUGAUGUGAAGAGGUUCAGUUGUCCCAAUCCUCGCUGCCGAAAGGAAACCUGUAGGAAGUGUCAGGGACUCUGGAAAGAGCACAGUGGCCUCACUUGUGAACAGCUGGCUGAAAAAGAUGACAUCAAGUACCGAACAUCUAUUGAAGAAAAAAUGACUGCUGCCCGCAUUAGAAAAUGUCACAAAUGUGGGACCGGCCUCAUCAAAUCCGAAGGCUGUAACCGCAUGUCUUGCCGCUGCGGUGCCCAAAUGUGCUACCUCUGUCGAGUAUCUAUCAAUGGGUAUGACCAUUUCUGCCAGCAUCCUCGUUCUCCAGGAGCUCCCUGCCAAGAGUGUUCAAGAUGUUCUCUCUGGACCGACCCUACUGAAGAUGACGAGAAGCUAAUUGAGGAAAUCCAGAAGGAGGCCGAAGAGGAACAGAAAAGAAAGAACGGAGAGAACACUUUCAAACGCAUCGGUCCCCCCUUGGAGAAGCUUCCGGAGAAGGUCCAGAGGGUGGAGGCCCUGCCGCGGCCUGUCCCACAGAACCUGCGCCAGCCGCAGAUCGCCCCCUAUGCCUUUGUGCACCCGCCCUUCCCCCUGCCGCCCGUCCGGCCCAUGUUCAACAACUUUCCCCUCAACAUGGGCCCCAUCCCGGCGCCCUACGUGCCGCCUCUGCCCAAUGUGCGUGUCAACUACGACUUUGCCCCCGUCCACCUGCCCCUGGAACACAACUUGCCCAUGCACUUUGGCCCCCAGCCACGGCAUCGCUUCUGACGCCUGAGCCCUGGCCCUCCGGGGAGCCCUACUGAGCCGUAUGGGGCAGGGGUUGGCUAGAGCCCCCUGGACCCCCAGGGCCAGUGGCUCUGCCCAUGCCUUCUAGGUAGGGAUGGUGGGCUUGGCUCCUAACGGCUAUGCUGGCCUUCCCAGUCCUCCCCGGGAAGGGCCACUGCCCCUUGAAGAGUGGCCGGCGGCUGCGAUAGCUGGGCAAGAUAGGGGGCAGCAAUAUCCACUUCCUGAAGAGUUGUCUGCCAUCCUAGCUUGCCAGUGCAGUGGCCCUGGCCACAGUGUAGCCCAUCUCUACUCUGUCACCCAUGUCCCUGCAGAAAGAGACAAAGGAAACGUUUGCCUCCAUCCCUUCCCCCGCAGACAACAGAAUUCUCUCAGUUACAAACCACGUAGGCCUUCCUUACUGCUGCACAGUCUCCUCCGUACUGAAGCUGAAGCAAGUACGGAAGAGUGCCCUUGGGAGAGAGCUGAGGCCGGACCGAGUCUCGAGGGCCAGUGCUCCUGUCCCCUCGUCCUGAGGCCCACCUCAAGUUAGGGGUGCUCUGCUGUUCCAAGGCAGCUGGUCCCCAUGAAGAGGAGGCAGAGUGGUGUUUACAGGCCCAGGAGCAGGGUGGGGAGGGCACAGCCCAUGUCCCUCACACCCAGGACCCCAGGCCACCACCCUGGUGACUGUUCAGGAGUCUGUUCUCUUCCCGCUCCGCCCACUCACAUGAGACCACAGAGAGACCACCUUGUGCUAUGGGUUGUUUCAUAGUUUUAUCUGAAGAAAUGUUACCUGUUCACUCACUUUGAACUUACCCAGUUUUCUGUGACCCACUGGACUCUCCUUCAGUCUGGAAAGUCAAAGAAAUAUGUUACCCCAAGUUAGGCAGCCUGUGUGGUCGUGAUGGUUCUGGAACUUUUGCCAAACAGAUCCUCUUGAGGCAGCUGUGACGGUCCUGAUGGCUCUCCCAAGCAGCCCAAUUACUGGGGAGCCUUCUCUGCCAUCAACCAGGCAGUGAACAACUCCCCAAAGGUUUGGUGGGGGCAGUGGUUUUCCCCAACGGGACAGAUGACCCAGACUACUCAGCGCCCACCCAGAAGCUGCCCUUUCCCGAGAUUAGUUAAGUCUAGCUCUGGGUCUGCUCGGGGUCCCUGCCUGGUCCACUCCCUUUUCCUGUCCAUCCCCGCCCAGGUUUUGAGUGGCACCUGAAGCAUCGCCCCACCCACCUUUGGUAAGUUACACGCCAGCCUGUGUGGAGCUGAGGCCUCAGCUGAGACAGCUGCCUGGCUCCAUGUGUUGGCCUUUGUUCCUGUUGCUGUAUCUGAUGAUGGGGGUUCCCAGAAGUUCAGGGCGUGCCCAUAGGCCUCAGAGAUGAGGGUGGGCUGCUGGCCCAUCACAGACCUUGUCCCGCCCUCCUGCAGCCAGGGGCCUGCUCCCCUACUCAGCGCUGUCGGGACUAAGUGUCAUACUGUGUAGUCACCUGCUGCCACUGGCUUCUCACAUGCAUUUCAAGGAUUAAAAUGGGGUAAAUCUGCUAAGUUGCCCUUUCUUGCUGCCUUUCCUCCAGAUGAGGGCUUUGCAGGCAGGCACAUCAUCUGGACAUGGGGUAGGGCCCAUGAGGACAGUGUUCACCCCACCCUUCUAGGCUGCCUUAGUGGAUUCCUUCCACCUCUGCCUCACAGCCCUGGCAUGCCGCUCCAGGGAGGGCCCAGGACAGCUGCAAGGACACCCCCAGCGGAUGGCAUGCCCGUCACUGCCAUGCAGCUAGUCCUCCAGAAUUGGGAAUGGUAACGGUCCCCCUGACACAGGAGGGAGACCAGACUAAUGAUUUCCCCCAAGGCCAAACCAAGGGUUUGUCCUUUGAGCAGCAUUCUGGCUUUUGUAGACCCAUGUGGUUGCCUUCCUGAACCUUGGGCACCUGACUCCAGACUGGCUCACAGGUCUGUGGGUGUAGCAGAGUCGCUGUUUUGGAGAGGUCACUGCUGUGGGUUCUGAC